CAAAAAAAAAAAAAACACACGUCUCUUCUUUCUUAUCUUUUUUAAUGUUCCUAUACUAACUCUUGAACUAUAUACAAUAUGAACGCGAACACCGGUUCUUCCAUGUAUUAAGAAACUAAGAAUUCAAUCUCUACAUUAGAACGACAAACAACAAAUCUGAAGAUGAUGGAUGAGAAGACGGGAUACAAUGUAUCCUAUGAGGCGAUACUAAGAAAUAUAUGGGUUAUGGCCAACAAAACAAAAAAAAGAUUGGAUGACCUAGAGAGUAUGAUACAAUAUAAAUCAAAAAACAACAUGGGCAAUGUGAACGACAUUGGAAGAAAUGUCUCGUGUGAGGAGAUACUGAGAAAUAUAUGGAUUAUGGUUAAUGACACACAAAAAAUAUUGGAUGAUCUGGAGGGUAUGAUCCAAUCUAAAUCAUAAAAGAACAUGGACAAUUUUGUUGAUGACAAAAUGGUUUUACACCCAAGUGUACGUGAACCAAUGUUAUACUUACUUAAUUCGAGUACGGACAAGGACAAGUAUUUUUACUAUCGAGAUGUAGAAUGUGUCAAUUGUACUGCAAAACAUGCAAGUUCUGUCCUUAAAGGUGGAGAGAUGGACCCCGAGUUCAUCGAUGCUUAUAUGUUGGACAUGUUCGAAAGAGAAUGGUCUCAUCGUGUUUCUACUCGGAAUAGAUUGUAUUUACCCACCUAUUUCCAUAACCUUAUUUCAAUUAGUGUGGGUGAUGAUAUAUCAAGUCCCUCUAGACGUAUAAAAUGUUCGGAUUCACUCAUCUGGUACAGUCGUGGAAAUGAGUUGGAUGAGAUUAACCAGGUGUAUAUCCCCUUAUUUGAACAAGACCAUUGGUUUCUUGUUGUAAUUGAUUUGGCUGCUCAAGUAAAAUAUAUUGUGGGAUCUAUCGCAGUGAACGCUCAAUGUGAGAAAAGGGUACUUAAAUUGCUUAACAGAUGCUCGAAAAAAUACAUGAAUGACAAAGACAAGUAGAUGCUUCGGUUGUUUGGAGACACAACUACUUACACCCUUCAUAUUAUAAAUGUUUUUCCAAAAUUAAGAGUUGAUUCCGGAGUGUACCUUCUAAGAUACUUAGACGCUGAAGACAUUAAAGAUUGUGCUCACAUAACUUUGACGCCCAACGAAAUUCAAAAUCAUAGGCUCAACUUUUGAGAGACGCUUUUUCUGAGCUCGUUGAAUGAGUCAAAAAUGAAAACAAGUUAUUCGGAGAAGGACGAGGAACAAUGAGUUGGUAUGGAUUUUGUAAACCUUUUCAUAAGCCUUGGCCAUUACUACUCUGCAAGCCAAACUGUUGGAUGGCUGUUAUGAUUAUUUUUUGUGGUGAUUGAAAGGAGGGGGAUGGGUUUGAUGUAAUUUCAAUCAUUUGCUUUGGUUAUUUACUUUGAUAAGACAAUUAAUU